AUGCGACGGCGUCGAGACGCAGACAAACGUCCCUCGGACGUUCCGCUUAGCACCGCCGAGGCUUGGAAAGAAGAAAAAACGGCUGUUGAAAGACAGGAACCAGCCUCGGUAGCGGCUUAUCAGCAGUUGCUGAGAAGAACCAACUCAUCGGGAGUUUUAGAGCGAAACCGUUGGCGGAUCCAGGAGGGGUGCCGGAGAUCGCAAGAGUGUAUACGGAGGCGAAGACUGCUGAUGCCUACUCCCACCUACCGUAUCUUGGCGCGAGAGAGCGACACUCACUCGAUCAAUAGAGCCACGCCCACUCUGGCGACGACAAAGGCAUCCAUCAACAGCGCUUGGCCGAUGAGUUGGGCCGGUCCAAGCAAAGUGUGCCAAUUGAGAAGAAGUCCCGAGUCACAUAAUUGCGAUGAGGUGUUGACGACCGUCGAUGGACCAUUUUGGAAUCUGAUGUGA